AGUCAAAAACACCAAAACGUUAAACUCAAGUUGAAAGAAGCAGCUCCUACCACUUCCUCUCCAUGGCUACGAAGAACCUGUUCUUGUCUUAUACAUUGCUCCUUACGUUACUUCAUCUGGUAACUAAGACGACUACGAAGUAUGGUCUUUCGCUGCCUGUUGCUAUUGCUUUAUGUUUGGUUUAUGAGAGAAUUAUGUGGAGAGAAUGAAAGAAAUUUUGGGUUGUUUUGUUUAGAUCUUAACCCAGUUUAACCGAAUUAGAGUAGCCAAAAAUUAAUGCCGUAAGUAUCGGAGCAUGCUUUUCCAGUAUCUUUUAACCAAAGCCCGAUUCUCCAUCUGGCCUCUUUUCUAGGGUUCUUCGGCGGCCAAACCAAUCGAUGGUUUCUUUUUGAUGUUCCUGCUUUCUUAGUAUCCUUUUCCCUUUUCUCGCUGUUUCGUUGCUGAGAAAGUGGAAGAAGGUUGUUGUACAUGAAGCUUUGAAUUCAGGCCCAUACCCUUUGGUUGUGAGCACAUGGCCCUUCCUAGAUGCUGUUAGAGCUGCUUGGAGAGCUGUUGAUAGUGGGUUUUCAGCAGUUGACGCUGUUGUGGAGGGUUGCUCCGCCUGCGAGGAACUGCAAUGUGAUGGAACAGUUGGGCCAGGUGGAAGUCCAGAUGAGAACGGAGAAACUACGAUUGAUGCUCUGGUCAUGGAUGGGGACACACAUAGGUGACAAUGGAGGUUGGAGCUGUCGCUGCUAUGAGGUACAUGAAGGACGGCAUCAGAGCUGCUAGAUUAGUAAUGCAGCAUACUAAACACACUUUGCUUGUUGGAGAGCAAGCCUCUGCAUUUGCUUUAUCAAUGGGUCUCCCGGGAUCCACAAACCUUAGUUCAUCCGAGUCUUUGGGGAAGUGGAGUAAAUGGAAGGAAAAUCGCUGCCAACCUAAUUUUUGGCAAAAUGUUGUACCUAUCAAUAGUUGUGGUCCAUAUCAUCCAAGGGAUUCUCUUGACCUAACUAAAGGGGCAUGUUCCAAAGCCAAGCUUAUGGAAACUAUCGAAUCAAGAUCAUCCCUCAUUGGUCUUCACAACCAUGACACUAUAGCAAUGGCUGUCAUUGACAGAAUGGGGCACCUUGCCGUUGGUACAUCGACUAAUGGAGCAACAUAUAAGAUCCCUGGCAGGGUAGGUGAUGGACCCAUUGCAGGAUCUUCAGCAUAUGCUGAUGACGAAAUUGGUGCAUGUGGGGCAACUGGAGAUGGUGACAUUAUGAUGCGCUUCCUUCCAUGUUAUCAAGUAGUGGAGAGUAUGAGAUUAGGAAUGGAACCCAAGCUUGCUGCAAAGGAUGCAAUAUCAAGAAUAGCACGAAAAUUUCCUGAUUUUGUGGGAGCUGUUUUUGCGAUUAAUAAGAAUGGGAAGCAUGCUGGUGCUUGCCAUGGAUGGACAUUUCAAUACUCGGUGAGAAGCCAAGAAAUGGAUGAUGUGGAAGUGUUCACUGUGCUACCCUAAAUUAGUAACUCUCUUACCUUGGCAAAGAAGCUUUGAUACUUAAUGUGUAUUAUUAAUGAGAUGUCUUUCCAUAAUUCCAUUUUAUUCCUACAAUUGAAGUGACAUGGUAUUUAUAUGGCAAAAAAUACUUUAGCCAUAAAGGAAUUACACAAAAUGAAAUCUAUAAACUGAUGUGACUUGAUGCAGUACGUCAGAUUGUAAAAUUAUUUUUUAUGUAUAGUAGAUCUAACGCAUUACAGGAAAUCACAUCAGUUUGUGAGUUUACU